GCAGAAGCAGCAGGCGCAGGGGGUGUUUCACUCACGUCGGUCACGAUCAGCCUCGCAAAAACUGCAUUUAUCGCAGGCCAUAGCAAGUGAAGAAGAAAAAAAAUAUGUGCGGCUUCGUCUCCAAUAAUUCCGGUCAUCUUGGCAACCCCUGUCAUGUCAUUGCGAUGACCAGACAGAGAAGAUGCCAAACGAAGAAAAUGAGUGAACAAAGGUUUCUCGCCUUCUGGCAUGGUUCGCAUUCAGUCGUGGUAGUCGACCUUUUCCACUCGCUUCAGACAUCAGAAAACAAGACUACAAGAAAGGUAUCCGAUCAUAUCGAAAUGUCUGUGCACAGAGAAGAUCCACGGACCGCCCUUGUCUGCAAUCGUGACAUUGAUGCUUCCAUAAUCUUUCUUCUGUAUACCCUCUCUGAUAAGACUUUGAAAGAUAGAGUUGAAUUGGCUACAAUACGUGCUAUGAUGACCAACUAGGGACUCGGCUUCCCCCCGUUAUAACGAGGGACGCAACGUUGUAUCUAUUCUGCAAGAGGCACAGUAGACUGGCUUGGAAAGUCAUCGCACAUGUAUUAGGGAAUUUGUACAACUAGCUGGAACCCAUAAGCAUAUGGCACUUGAAUCGCUCCUCGCCGCGAAU